AGCCAAUGGUAGACGGUGGGGUAUGACGCAGUGGAUAUGGCGGCCGCAAUCGACCAGCCCGGGGACGUGUCGAGCUGCGGGGUAACUUCGGUCUGUGCCCUGGGAGUAGAGCGGCUGUCUCAUUAGUAUUUGUAUCUGCGAGUCGGCGCAGCGGGCCCUCAGGAGAGUGAGCGUCGCGGCCAUGGCUUAUCACUCGGGCUACGGAGCCCACGGCUCCAAGUACAGGGCCCGGACAGCUCCGGAUCCCCCUCCUCUCUUCGAUGACACAAGCGGUGGUUAUUCCAGCCAACCAGGAGGAUACCCAGUCCCAGGAGCCGACGUAGCCUUCAAUGUCAACCACUUGCUUGAGGACCCAAUAGCCAAUGUGGCUAUGGCCUAUGGCAGCUCCAUCGCAUCCCAUGGGAAGGAUAUGGUGCACAAGGAGCUGCACCGUUUUGUGUCUGUGAACAAACUCAAGUAUUUUUUUGCUGUGGACACAGCCUAUGUAGCCAAGAAGCUAGGGCUGCUGGUCUUCCCCUAUACACACCAGAACUGGGAAGUACAGUACAGUCGCGAUGUGCCUCUGCCCCCACGGCAAGACCUCAACGCCCCUGACCUCUAUAUCCCCACAAUGGCCUUCAUCACUUAUGUACUGCUGGCAGGGAUGGCACUGGGCAUUCAGAAAAGGUUCUCCCCAGAGGUGCUGGGUCUGUGUGCCAGUACAGCGCUGAUAUGGGUGGUGAUGGAAGUGCUGGCCUUGCUCCUGGGCCUCUACCUGGCCACUGUUCGCAGCGACCUGAGCACCUUCCACCUGCUGGCCUACUGUGGCUACAAAUAUGUGGGAAUGAUCCUCAGCGUGCUCACAGGGCUUCUGUUUGGCAGUGAUGGCUACUACGUGGCACUGGCCUGGACCUCCUCUGCACUCAUGUACUUCACUGUGCGCUCUUUGCGGACAGCAGCCCUGGGUCCUGACAGCGUUGGGGGCCCAGUGCCCCAGCAACGUCUCCAGCUCUACCUGACUCUGGGAGCUGCAGCUUUCCAGCCCCUCAUCAUAUACUGGCUGACCUUCCACCUGGUCCGGUGACCCUGGCCCCAAAUGGCAGUGAUUUUCCAUACAUUGAAGAUUUGAUCUCCUUGA